AGUGCCCUGAGUAACUAUUCCGAGGACGCCCUGUCCCCCGGCGGUCCACGGCCCUGUGACACCCUUUUCAAUGACGUCUCCAAAGCGACUUCACUUGUGUGAGUUGGCGCUGCUGACUACGUUUGUACUUUGCUGAUGUUCUUGAUGUCGUAGACCUAAUGAAGAGACCCAAAUAUGAAGAUGCCCAAGGCUCCGAAUCCCUACUAGUAGAAACUCAGGACACUAAACCAAGUAGGUCGAGAGCCAGGAAAGGAGGGCUCUCCCUCUUACCCACCAUUAGCUUGGAUGUUCUUUUCGAAAUUUUCGGGUUCCUGAAACCGCUUGACCUCCUCAAUCUAGCUCGUACCUCUAAAGCUUUUCGGAAUUUACUUAUGCGAAAAUCGAACGCUUUCAUUUGGAGAGCCUCGCGGUCACUUAUCCCGAACCUCCCCGAAUGUCCACCAGAUCUGAGUGAGCCACAGUACGCUUGCCUUGCAUUUGAUCCACACUGUUACAAUUGUCGUGGAAUCGGUUUCAACAUCAUCUGGCAGUUUCGAGCAAAAUAUUGCGGGCCGUGUCUGAGAAUCCAUAUAAAUAUGGAGCCAGCAUAUUCAAAACCCGUCGUCACUCAGCUCUGUCCAAACUUAAAUGAGCUUCUCCCAACAUAUAUAUUCCGUGACUUGCGCUUACGGUUCACGGAGAUGAUCCAAACAUCACAGUACGAGGCUCUCAGCCUUCGGCUCAACGGCUUGGAUUGUGCCGAACAAACGCUAGUCAUCGAAGAAACAAAGAAGGUCGUGCGUGCUAUUCGCGAGCAUGCUGAUGCUUGCAAAGCAUGGCUCUCUGGAGUCAACAGGGCCCGAUCUGAUGAGUUACACCAGAUACGAGAGGGCCGAAAACGAAUCAUCAAGGAAUGGUUAGAAACAGAAGGGUGGAAACCUGAGAUCGAUUAUCAUACUUGGUGGAAAAUAUCCAAACAUCGUGCCAUCAAAGAUUCGCGGCCUCUUACUGUUCGAAUUUGGAGCCGCAUCCGCCCAAUUCUAACGGAAUUUAUGUCAGAAAUGCGGACCAUCCGCAUGGAAGAAACGCUUUAUAAUUCUCGUCGGAGGAUUCUCCUCCAGGCAUGGAACGACUUCUUGGCUGAACCUGCAUCAUUUCCAAACACUGAUGUCGACGUAUUACCUCAUGUCGCUGACGUUGCGCGGUUCAAACCUUUCGACGACAUCAUCAAAUUACCUGCCCAUGUCGUAGUAGAGCGUGAUACCUUUUUACCGGCUUUUGUUGCUCUCCCUAACCUAGUGAGGAACUGGCGGAGACAGGUCGAUCAACAGCUCGCUGCAAUCAUCACGAAUGGGUAUCCAAAGGAAUAUGGGCCAGUUGGAGACAUUCGCCAACUUGCAACCAGUGUUUUUGUCUGCAACGCAUGCGAACAGCUCUUCUUCUGGAUUGAUGCUGUUGCACACAACUGCAGCCUUGAUUUUCCAAGGGUCCCAAGCAAAGAAAGGAAUGAUUCUUUUAAGGAACAAGUGGCUCGCAUCGCGUAUUAUUCGCUCGGUUCUUCUCCAUGGUCUCCGAAAUUCAGGUCUUCUACAGUACUCGCCAUUCACGUCAUUCACAGUUGCUGUCAGGAUCCUCGGACUGCUACACUUGCACAUAUGGACAGCACAAGCACCCCGUUUUACUGUUUCGCAUGUCAUCCUGAUGGAAAGACUGUCAUGCAUUGGAGGAAGGGUCUCGAACACAAUCACUUACACAACAGUCAAGCUUCCGAAGGUUGCAAGUCGCGACUGCAAUCGCAACUCCUAUCUGGGAAGCCGCCAAGAACAUAUCGGUGCCUUCUAUGUCGACGAAGUGUAGGUGCUGGUAGGCUUCUGCGAAGCAUAGCUUGCCACAUUGAGGAACAGCAUGGCAUAAGCAUUUUGAAUAUUCAUGAAGGAAUCCAUUAUGUGAAAGAGAUAGAUUCUAUCCCAGACCCUGUUACACUGUCAUGGAACAAUGGACCUGUCGUGGCGACCUGGUCAGAGCAAAAUUCAUACUUGUGAUGUAUUCUAUGCAUUAUUCUGUGUACAGCAGUUGUUAAUAUCAUGUCCAAUUCACCGGAAUGUUAUGUAACAGUGACAAUCUGACCCCUACCAUCUUUGAGUAUGACCAAUUCACACUCGAUUUUGUCCCCCGUAUCAAGACAAAUGACCUCAGUAGGAUCUAUG